UCUCUCCCUUACAGAAGCAAACCAAAACCCCCAGCAGAUCUAGGGGCGGCCGCUUCUCACUCCCUCUCUCUCUCUCUCUCUCUCUCUCGGUUUCUUCCUAGAGAACGACCCUCAGAGAAGAGAGGCGCCGCCCUCUCUAACUCUCUCCUUCUCGUUUCUUCUACUUCAUCCCAGAACCAAAAUAAAGGCGAUCUACGACCGCGGCAAGACGACGACAAGAAAGGCGACAUGAAUCAACUUCAAUCGACUGGAGGCAUGUCGAUCCAGGUGGGGAUUUCGCAUGCAUGGUGUUGUUUAUUUAUUUUUUCUGAUUUUUAUUUCGGACUCUUCUAAUUCCUGGGCUUCUGGGUUUAAUUGCGGACGAGGGAGUCGCCGGCGGAGACUAGACCGACGGUAAGUGGCGGAUUAUGGUUUUGCAUGUUUGAUUUUCUGGGUUUUUGGCGUGCGAGCAUGUUUCUAACCUUCUCCCCAUUUUUAUUGUUGGGUUUGAUCGAGGGGAGAAAGAAGUCUCCGGCCAGCGAGAUUCUCCGAUAUUGGUGCGAGAGGGGAAAAGUCGACUGUCGACCUUUUUUGCUGUUUUGGAGAUGGCUUAGAUCUAGAUCCAUUGCUGGCUUCAAAAAGAGAUGGAAGAAAAUUUUCAUGUAGUAAUUCUUAUUUGUAAUUUGUAUUCUGAUUGUAAUUGUAUAAUUUAUUGAUAAUUUAAAUAAACUUUCUUCUUCUGUA